GAUAAAUCUUUAUCUUUUUACAGAGGCAGGGAAAGGGGAUGUCCUUUGCCCAGUAGGAGCAAUUCUCUGCUCUGAGCAUAUGCUUAUCUGCAGACAUGCCUGUUUCAGGUUCUUCAUUGUUCUGAACAGAAGAAAUACCAAGAAUACUAUAUCAUUCUGGUUGAGGGAAGGGAUCUGUAGGACAUACAAGUUAGGUCCUUGGCAGCAGUGCCUUCUCAUAAAGAUGGACAGUGUGCACAUGCAAGAGGAUGGUAAGGAAGAUAGUAAUGUCAACAUGAAAGGUGAUGAAAAAAUUACACAAGAGGAUGGUAAAGUUUUGCAUGAGGAAGAAAUUGGAUCAGAAAAGAAGUCUGUGAAACCUAGUGCUAAUUCAGCAGAAUCAGAAAUUGGCAUCACCGAAUAUCUUGGAAAGCACCCAGGCUUCUUUGGAAUCAUAAAGCAGAGAUAUUCCGACUUUAUUGUAAAUGAAGUGUCAAAUUCUGGAGAGAUAGUUCACCUUACAGACAGGAAUAUUCCCCCUCCCCCAGAAGUAUCUGCAGGAGACUUACCUGACGAACUUCCACCUGAAUUGUCACCAUAUGUGAUUCAGCAGCUGGAUGAAUUAGUUGGGGUUCCUCAUCCUGCUCGCAUCCCAUUGACACAGCCUCCUAAGAAAUCAGAGCUCGGUAAUGAUGUUACAGAUACAGAUCCCCCAAAAGAACAAGAUAAAGCUACUGUCAAGAAAGGUCUAAAUGAAGUUUUGAUUAAUGUAAAUGGCGUUUCCAAAGAGGGACGUACUAACAUUCAUCGUGCUGUCAAAGCCAAAUAUGCAUCAGUAGUGAGUUGCUACAAGGAGAGUGAUGAUGGCAAUAAAUAUAUUGUUAUUCAGAAAAAGAAAGCUGCUGGUGGCAGUAUACCCAAGAGAAGUUCAUGGCCUAAAUCACUUAUGUAUACUACAUUUGUAAUGUAUAAGGAGAAUAUUGACACCUUGGAUGCUAUAAAUCAUCUAGCUAGGAGAACUGGAGUGAAACCAAAUAUGUUUGCCUAUGCAGGAACUAAGGAUCGUAGAGGAAAGACAAGUCAGCUUGUGUCUGUUCCAAGGGUUGCUCCAGAAAGACUUUGCCAGGCUGCCUUCCACCGAUCUAUUCAUUUAGGUAACUUCAGGUUCAGGCCAACACCUCAAAAGUUAGGACAGUUAAAAGGAAACAGAUUUCAGAUUGUGCUCAGGGAAGUGAAAGGUAGUGAUGAUGUAAUAAUAUCUUCUGUUGAAUCUCUAAAGACCAAUGGUUUCAUAAACUAUUUUGGUUCUCAACGCUUUGGUACUACAGCAGUCAGCACCCACUCCAUUGGUUGUGAACUACUAAAAAGUAAUUGGGAAAAGGCUAUCGAUUUGAUUCUUGCCCCACGAGAAAAUGAUAAUUUUAUUUUGAAUAAAUGUCGCAUUAUUUGGAAGGAGACUCAUAAUGCUGAGGAAGCUCUUCGUGUACUCAAGGGAAAUAAGGAAUCGUCUAUAGAAGGAAGACUUUUGGCUGGAUUGAGAGACCAACAGAAAAAUGACUUUGUUGGUGCCCUAGGAUCGAUUCCAAGAAAUGUGCGGGUGUUGUAUCUUCACGCUUAUCAAAGCUUUAUAUGGAAUAAAGUUGUGUCACGAAGGGUAGCAAAAUACGGACUAAGUGUUUUGCCAGGUGAUAUUGUCAGAGCCCAAGACUCAGGAAUGAGAACUGAAGAUCCUGUAGAACGGGAUGAGGAGGAUGAAGAUAAUGAUGGUGAUACAAAUGAUGCAGAAAAGGCAAAAAGUGGAAUUGAUAUGUCCAAUUUUCACAUUUUGUCAGAAGAGGAGGCCAAAACAACACCCAUAACAGAUGUACUGUUACCAUUACCUGGACAUCGCAUAGAGUUUCCUCAGAAUGAAGUAAAAGACUGGUACAUUGAAUUAUUGGAAGCUGAUGGACUCUCCAUUUCAGAUUUAAGGCAUCGUGUUAAGUGCUAUUCAGUCAUUGGAAGUUAUCGUCGCCUAAUUGUUCAACCUUCUGAAGUCAACAGUAUGAUAGCAUAUUAUGAUGACCCUACAAAACCAUUAAUUCAGUCUGAUAUGGACAAAUUAUCAUCGGAUUCUGUUGAUGAAAAUUUGUUGAAAGAAGGCAAAAAUAAGGCAGUUCUUAUUGACAUGACACUUCCUGCUUCAUCAUAUGCCACAAUGGCUAUGCGAGAACUCCUGAAGAUGGAUACCUCCUCUGCAUUUCAGGCCACAUUAAACACAGUGAGUCAAUCAUCUGAAUCAAAGGCAGAAUCACGGACUAAGCUUGAAGAAGGGAAUUAUAUUAGACACAAGCGUCAUGGUGAUAGAAAAGAUGAAAAUGAGCAACACAAUAAGCCAAAAUUUCAUCAUGGUCAGAAAAAACAUAAAUUUAGUGGACGUGGUAGAGGACAAAAGAGGCCAUGGAAGGGAUCCCAUGGUAAAGGUGGGAAGAGAGGAAAAUUUUCAGGUCAUUUCAAAUCUUAGAGGUCUUUAACUAGUGUGAUAAGAAAGGCUGUUUUAAUUGUUUGUUACAGUUUAUUUUUAUAGUUUUAUGCAGUUGUUAAUCUCUAUAUACUUUAUAGAGAGCAAUUCUGUUUAAAUGCCAAUAAUUUUGAUGAAUUAAAACUCUUUAGUGUCAUAAAUUUUGCAAAGUGAAGCAAUGUUUACCAUUAGAGAUUUUGCAGUGCUUCUUGAGAGCAAACUUACAUCACACAAACCUUUCAGUAAAUUAUAAACUUGAUAACAUUUAAAUAAAUUAUACUCUUACCUGUUAUAUAAUUCUUGGGCAGUAUCAUGGCAACUACAUCUUCUGGAAUAAAUGUUGCAUCCCA